UGAGAAGCCACAGAGUCCUACCAGCUCACAAUAUAGGAACUUCAGAUUCUCCCCCCACACCCGAAGAAAAAAUCCCUAACUGCUGCAGGCACACUGAGGCCAGGCCCCCCACUCCACACCCUUAACUGGCUUGGCCCCUGUCACCUGGUCACCAUGGAAACGUGCCUAGGCAGUAGCCAACAUUCCAGUUCCAAAUUCCAGGCCUUGAAAGAGAGAACAGGCACCCACCUGCUUUCACAGGCUGGAGAGGGGAGAACAAAGGGGUGCCUUAGCACCUUCCUGUGCCCACCUUGCCCUGGGGGAGCCAACCCAGGACCAUGGAGUCGGCGAACUGGCGGUACUGGGACCCGGUAUGCAGCAGCCCGGAUGAGGCCACCCUUUCCGUGAGAGGGACAACCCUGAAGGUGGAGGGACCCCAACCCACUGUACGUCCUAGGUACAGGAGAUCCCUGGGGCAAGGCUUCCAUCUGAGGAAGAAGGACUCACAGAUCACUCCCAGCACCCAGGGAGUGGCGACCAAAACGGCUAGCGACCAGGAUGCCAGGGCUGCUCCGAAGCCCAGGGCCAGAGCACCGCCCAAAACCAAGGUGCCGCGGAGGACUGGAGCCAAGUCCACGAGGGCGAUGCAACUCAAGAGCCCUGUUGGCAGCGGGGUACAGCUCAAGUCCACCCAGGGCUGGACCGGGUGGUCGGCGGCUGAGCCUGGACUCCAGAAAUUGCAAACAUUUUCUCCCCUGAGCCGCACACUUCAUCGGUGGCAUGCCUCCACCACCACCUCCUUGGUGUCUGUCGCUCUCAGUGACCCAUGGGAUGAAGACGUGGGCACCAGGAGUAAACUUGCCGAGGACUUCAAUAUCCCCCCUUCCUCGUAUCUCGGUUUACUAAUUGACUUCUUGAAGCCAGAGAAGCCAACAAGAGCAGCGAUGCGGCUUAUGGAAAAGGCAUGGGAAGUGCUAAAGCUUGACCAAAAAGUAAAAGAAGCCCGAAUCCAGCAAAAAGUGAUAUUGGAAGAAACCAGGCUGCUCCUGGAUGAGAAGUGCCAGGUUCAGGCUGACACUAAAUUCAUGCUGGACCACCUGACCAACAAAACGGAAGAGUAUAGAAGGGAAAUCACCAAGCUGUGGGACGACUAUGCGCAAGAAAGUGGGGAAAUCCAACGAAAGAGACAGGAAUUGGCCUCCAAAUAUGCGAAACAAACGUCAGAGCUUCAAAAACAGCUCUUGGAGAAGGAAAAGAAGGAAUUUGAUCUGAAGCAGCAGUUAAGGGCAAUGAGGGACAUUUCGCUAGUGAAGGAGAAACAGGACAGAGAACUGGAGGCAUUACGGGAGGAGCUCAAGAAAGCCCGCGCUGAGACAAUGGCAAAGGCCUACGCCCAGUACCUCCAGGAAAAAGCAUCAAUGGAGAAGCAACUGAGUGAGCCAGACGUAAGCCAAUUGGAAAGGAGAGAAAGAAGGAAGAUGAAAAAGAGGACCCAGGCCUUGGAGGCGGAGGCAGGGAAGGUUGCUCGUGAGUGCUGCCAGGACCUCCUCCAAGAGAACCAGUGUGCACACAGGAACUUAAUGCAGCAGUCCCAAAAGUACCAGGAGGUGCAGGCCACCCUAAACUGCUUACAAAAUCUGAAGCAGCAGUUGCAGCAGGAGCAGUGGUAUACAGAGUGUUUAAUCCGAGGGAGGCAACGACUGCAACACAAAGAGUGCUCCAAAGACCAAAAAAAAUUCCCUUCCCUAGGUGCCAAAUCAAAGAUUAAUCUACAGUCAUCCUAAACUACCACCGACUCAACAAGGACUGGAGCAAAUAUUCUUAGAUGCUGCAUAAGCCUGGUUAGGAAGGCUUACUGGAUCUCAUUGCUACUUAUGUGUUAGUGUGAAGAACUAGAUGCGCUUUUCCCCUUCUCCCCCCAGCUGUACGGCUAGGUAUUUGUGUGAUCAGCUUCUCUUAAUUCGGUUUUUCUUUAAUUAGCUUUUGAUAAUAAACAGGUUGUUCCUCAACCCUCAGAUAACCUACCACCGUUUGCCAAACACUCAUACGUGAAACUAGGUCGAGAAAACCACCUUGAAGAAGCGGAAGGAAAACAGUUGUGUGACUUAUUUCAUGUAGCCGACUCGGAUUUCUUUAUAGAUAAAACACCUUGAAGGAUAGCAUAUACUGGCUUUAUAAAGUGCUUUCUGCUCUGUAAACAAACAACAUCCGUUUAUCCUCAUUCCUUUUGGCCAACUCAGAACACAAAGGCAAAGUGUUUUUAAGCUUUUUUUUUUUUUUAAGUUUGUGCCAGUGACCAGUAGCUCCUUUUAUAGUUUACUCAUGAGUGAGAAGGUACACUAAUAACAGCAAGAUCAAUAAAUGCUAGGCAGAAUGACCUUUUGUCUGAUGCAGCCCUUACAAUUUUAGCUUUCAGUAAAUGGGGAAGGGAAGAUGGAACGUAUAUCACGUCAACUCUUUUGAAAAUGUUUUCUGUGAAGAAAUAUCUCUACUAUUACUGAGGAGGCUGGAUGCCUCUAAUUGUUUUAGGAAUAUGUACAAAAAAGUUUUAAAAUAUCUGGAUGACCUUUUAAAGAGUCUUAUGCGGUCUAGUUUCCUAGCAACACCCUAAAUUUAAGAUGACAAGAUUAUUCAAUGUUAAAUAUAGUAAGUACUUUAGUUUUAGGUCCCUUAUUUCGCUAUUUUUUUUUUUUUUACUAUGUGUGCAUUUAAUAGUACAUGAAAUGCCUUUUGUAGUUAAUAUGCACCAUAUAUCUAUGCCUAUUAAAUAGAACUGGAAGUGAAAUAGACUUUUUGAGUAGUUAUUUUUUUUUUUUUUUUUUUUUUUGCCUUUAUGACAUAUUGAUAGUUAGACCAGUGAUUCAUUUGAAUCCUGAAUCCUAGAACAGGAGUAUAACCUACACUUUAACAUUGCUCCUCACUGAGAAAAUAUAAUCAACUUUGUUUUCCAAAAAUUGCAGUAAUUAAAAAAUAAUUUUCAUGAAUCUUAUUUAAUUGAUAUAUAAAAUGAAUUCCUUUCAAUUGUAUUUUUAAAAAGGGUUCUCCUUCAAUGUGCUUUUAACUUCUAGCUUUAACAGUUUUUCUGUUAAGUAGGUAGUUUCUUUAUUAAAGAUGAUUUUUAUUAUUAAAUAUGAAAGCCUAUUUGUAUUAACAGAAAAUCUUUUUAGUAAAACAGCUGUAAGGAAUAAAAAUUAUAGAUUAAUUAUAAAAGUCAGAAAUAAAAUAGAUGAAUCAAAUGUAAUAGUAUAGCAACAAUAAUAAACAUUUGUAAUAAAAAUCAGAAGUUUGUCAGACAUUAAGGGGUUCCUGGUCAAGUACUGUUGUAGUGACUUUUCUACUGCUAUUUUCUGUAUAAAUAUAUGAAUGCUAAAAAAAUAAAUAAAUAAAUAAGCUACCGAAGGC